AUGUUAGGUUCAAAUUUUGUGAUGGAAGAUUUAUCAUUAUUGGUUGAAGCAGCUGUUUUCUUUCGUGAUAAAACAUUUAAGUAUCGGAAUCCGAUUAACCUUCUGAAAGGAAUAAGUGGAGCUAAAUCGCUUUCAUUGUUCCAUUUAUCUCCUCAUGUCCCAAGUGAUUUACCUCUAUCCGAAUUUUCCAAUUUGAAGCACUUGGAAUUAAAGGUUUGUUUUAAUUUUCAAUGGUUGCUAGUUUUUCAAGUGCUUGAAAACUCUCCAGGGUUGGAGCAUUUAUGUAUUGAAGAGAAAAAGGUGGGAGACUCUUGCUGGAUUGAGCCAAAAUCAGUUCCAAGUUGUAUACAUUCGAACCUCAGAAGCAUGAAAAUUAAAAAUUGCAUGGGGUGGAAGUGUGAUAUACAGCUUCUAGAAUACAUGUUGGCUAAUGCAGAGGUUUUGACAAUGUUAACAAUCACAUGCGAAAGCUUGACCAUGAAGGAUGAAUUGCGAUUUUGUCCACAGUUGUUGAAGCUUCCAAGGGCUUCUAGGUUUUGUGAGAUUCAUUUUGUUGGGAAAUGGCUUAAUUCUACACGUAACUAG